GCAAACAAUUGCAGAAUGUACAUUUAACAUAAAACAAUCCAUUUCCUAGCAUGGAAAGUUUAAGGUUCCUACUCAGUGUCUUGCUUCUCUGUGCGAAUUCCGCCAUCCAGAUUCGCGGCCAUGACCUGCUAAAAGAUCAUGUUGCCUUCUUCAUCUUUGGAGAUUCAAUUUUCGAUCCUGGAAACAAUAACUACUUCAACACCAGUGCUCAGGCAAAUUACCCGCCGUAUGGAGAAACCUUCUUCAAAUACCCUACUGGAAGAUUUUCUGAUGGCCGUAUAAUUCCAGAUUUUAUUGCUGAAUAUGCAAAAUUACCACUAAUCCCUCCAUAUCUGCAACCUGGAAAUCAUCAAUUUACUUAUGGGGUGAAUUUCGCAUCAGGUGGAGCUGGUGCCCUGGUUGAAACUAAUCAAGGACUGGUGAUAGAUCUAAAAACUCAAAUAAGUUAUUUCAGAAAGGUUGUGAAGCUAUUGAGACAAAAUUUGGGUGAUGCAAAAGCCAAGACAUUACUUUCCCGGGCUGUCUACUUAAUUACGAUUGGAACCAAUGAUUAUGGAUCCCCAAUCCUCGCAAACUCCCCCGUGCCUAAAUCCUUAUGGGAUGAAUUCGUGGGGAUGGUGAUAGGCAAUCUGACUGCUAGUAUUGAAGACAUAUGUAAGUUAGGAGGGAGGAAAUUUGGGUUUUUGAGUUUGGGGCAACUGGGAUGUCGGCCAAUCCUUAGAGUACUCGUCCCUGCGAAUGUAAGUUCUUGCUAUGAAGAAGCAACAGCAUUGGCAGAGCUACAUGAUAGAGCACUUUCUAAAGCUCUGCAAGAGCUACAGAGUCGACUAAAAGGAUUCAAAUAUGCAUACCAGAAUAUGACUCUUUUUUUAAGUGAAGGGGUCAAUGAUCUUUCAAAAUAUGUUUUGAAGGAGGUAAAAACAGCAUGCUGUGGAAGCGGCAGAUACAGAGGAAUUUGUAGCUGUGGAGGAAAGAGGGGCCUGACAGAGUAUGAACUAUGUGAAAAUCCUAAUGAAUAUUUGUUCUUUGACUGCGCCCAUUUCACUGAUAGGGCCAACGGCAAAAUUGCAGAGCUGAUGUGGAGUGGAAAUUCCAGUGUGAUAGGGCCAUACAACCUCAAAGAACUAUUUUCUACUUACUGAUUCAACAGCCUGUGUGCUUGAACCAAGUAGAUGGGGAUUUUUCCUGAUAAUUACCUAGCUACUAUCCCUUAAAAGGGAAUGAUUUGUUAAUAAUUUCCUUUUUAGAUAAGAGAUUAAUUGAGGAUUGACUGUGUCUGGAAUAAAUAGGAGACGAUUAGCAUGUGUUGGGUUCAAAUUUUGGCUACAUUUGAGAGUAUCAUGUUGGGAUGUGCUGUGAAUGUUGUUUUUUGGACUUUUCUUAUUCUAAAAAUAUAUGAAAUAUUAAUUA